AUGGCUCACGACACCAACACGAUGCUCGCGGGCGUCUACUGCACCGACAACAUCCACCUCGUCGUCGGGACGAACCCGCUCGCGGCAGCGCGCUGCACGGCGUCCCUCGCUGCCGGCGCCUGUCCCGUGCUCGUGGCCCCGGCCGGCGCAGACCUACACUACAACCUGCAGACCAAGAUCGAGCAGGGCCUGGUACGCUGGCACCAGAAGGCGUUUGAGGACGAGGACCUGUUCACGCUGGGCAGGGACGAGGUCGGGCGCACCGUCGACGCCGUCUUCGUCACGUCGGCGCCGAGAGAGGCGCUGGCGGCGCGCAUAUCGUCCGUGUGCCGGCGCAACCGCAUCCCCGUCAACGUCGUCGACGCUCCGCUCCUGAGCACCUUCAGCCUGCUCUCGACACACACCGACGGCCCGCUGCAGAUCGGCGUCACCACCAACGGCCGCGGGUGCAAGCUCGCGUCGCGCGGCGCCAUGGGUGGCGAUGCUUGA